AUGAGACUUAAACUCAAUGAUGUUAGCUACACAGUCUCUGAAAUGCCAAGAGACUUUAAUGGCAAUAUUACCCAAGAGGAGGACUUUUAUAAGUUGCAAGAAGAUACUCUUGCGAAUGAAUAAGACGAGAUGAAAAUCUAAGAUUUAGACUAAAAUAUGCAUUAAAAUGAAAUUCAAGAGUAAAGAUAUCAAAUGACUGCAAUAAAAAGACCUAAGUCUACUACUCUACAGCCAGGAAGACUUCCAUUCAAAGGAACAAUCCAAAAUUUGAAUCUGUUUGAUAGGGAGAAAUCAUUGCAAAAGGGUUAGAAAAUGCAGAAGAUUAAUUCGCAAAUUAAGCUACUUCAAAGCAGAAUUAACAAUCUCUAAAGACAAGAAGAGAAGUCAACAAAAAGAGUUGGAAAGAUGCAAAAAACAAAGUCUCAGAUCAUGACAAACAGAUAGCAGUUUGAAACAGUUAAAGAUUAAAAGUAUGAGAAGCAGCUUAAGAGGCAGCAAGAAUUGGAAGAAAUGAAGAAUAAAAUAGCUAGCAUGAAGAAGAAUAACGAUGAAAUUAGGAAUAAAAUUAGAAAUGAUCAAAUGAGAAAGCAGUAAAGUCAGAGGGAAAAAUCUAAGAUAGCAUGCUAAUAGAUUAAAGAUCAACUAAAUUAAUCAUCUGUUGAAAGAAUGGAAAGAAACAAGUCUUUGUCCACAAAAGUGCGAGAUUAGAAGAAACUGGCUUUAGAAAGAAGAAAAAGCUAAGAGAAGGAAUUCAUAGAGCAUAUCUAGUAUCAAUAUCACAAAGAUAGAAAGCAAAAAUUAAAUGAGAUAUGGCAGCGUGAAGAAUAGAUCAAGAAGCUCGAAGAGAAAGAGAAAAUCUUGAUAGAUCAGCUAUAGCAUACAAUAAUGAGAGAGUAGAUGGAAGCUCUAGAGUUGAGGUAGUCCAUUGAUUCAGGAGUGAGAAAAGAUAUAAAUGAAUCCUUCAACUCCCCUAUUAAGUAAUAAAGAACUGGAAGUGAUGUAUUGUUGGAAGUGUAUCAAACUCCCAGAACCACAAGACACCUGCUUGAACAGCAGAUGUAGUCUAGCAACUCAAAAUCACUAUUCGCUCUAAAUACCCUCUCAGAAAACAAGAUAAGCAACAUUAAAGCCUUUUCAUCCUCUAAUAAUAAAAAUUAAGCAAAUAAAAGAGGCUCAGUUACAGCAAGAUCAAAUAAUAAUUAGUUAGGAGAGAAUUCAUAAAAAUCAAAUCAAAGUGUGAGUAAUGGACAAAAUAUCAAGGGUUAAGUUAAUUCAAUUAUGCAGAACCAUGAAGCAUUAAAGCAAAAUAAAAAUAAUGAUAGAGCAAAUAGCAGUGGCAAGAAUAAAGAUAAAACAAAUUAAAUCAGAAUAGGAUUAGCCUCAAGAAUGACCUACUAGAAUAUUUAACCUAUAAUGCAAUAGUAGAAAAUUGCAGCAUAAGCUUCAUUGCUUCAAAAAUCAGCUUAGUCAUAAAAACAAAUAUUGAGUUAUCAAAUCCAAGAUGUCACUUAAGAGAAUCUACAGAAAUUAAAUGAAGUUAAUAAGAAUGAAGGUGAUUUGUCAGCAGAAAGAAAUUUAAAUGAUGGCUAAAGAUAAAAUCCCAGAUAAACUAAGGAUGGCUCAGGCAAUAGAGAAUUCUCAUUCUCUAGGAACCAGGCCUAGGCAAUUAUCAGUGGCAAAGAAUAAAUGCCUACGAAUCAAGCUAGGAUAACUCAAGCCCUCUACAGAUAACAGCAAUUGAAAAUUCAGAACUAAAUGAGCUAGAGUAUGAUCGUCCCUACUAUCUAAAACGUCAACACUAAUAAUAUCAUAAACAACUCUCAAAUUUAUAACUAAGUCCAAGAUAACAGUAAUACCGUAUCCGCGAGAGUUUGCCUAAUGGUUUUCUAUAGAGGGUAACUUAUCCUGAGUAACCCUAUUUUUAGCCUUAGGCCCUCGAAGGCUUCCUUUAUUUUGCGUAGACACAUAAUAAUAGUUAUCCUAAAUGACAACUUACCCCAUGUUUAUACCAAAUACCUCUACCACAGGGUAGUAACUCGUACAGUAUUAGUAAAGCCCCCAUUUCUAGAUAAAUCCUGCCCAUAAACAGGCAGAGCUAAACUUUCCAACCAACUAAUUAAUCCCUCCUACGCAUGA